AUGUUUACUUGGGACGACACACAGACCACAAUCCUCCAGGCAUCUGUGGAUAAAUACAUAAAUGCCAAUGGAACAGCACGUGACGAUGUCAUUGCAACGGCUUUGAAUGAACUGGAGCAGGUGCAGCUGGGAGAACUGGAACCGUUGCCAAAGGAGGCCAGAUUGCAGGCGGUUGAGAAGUGGUUGGCGGACGUGUCCAACAAGCGUAAGCGUCAGCCAAAGAAGCGAAAGAGAGGUGUCAUGAUGGGUACGAUCCGUGGCACAGAUGUCUGGCUCGACAAACAUAGGCAGGAAGUCUACGACAACGCAUACAGUGAAGGAACAAACGAUCCAUUGUCAAAGUUUACCGAUGCGCGGUGGGCAACUUGGCGAGAAGUGCCCCAGGAAGAAAAGGCGGUUUGGGAGGGAAAAGCGGAAGAGUUACGCAACCUGGUCCACAAAGAAGGAGUCAAGAUAACACCGCGUCUCCUGCCCCUCGAACCUAUGAUGAACAGUCUCGGGAGGUUGUGCCGAAGCGUGGAGCGGAAGUCGCUCAUUGAGGACGGCGCAUACAUAGUGACACUGUAUGCGGCAAACACAACAGACAAAGGCCCGGUGAUGGGAGUUAUCGAUCACAACCUGGAUCACGGAGCAACGUCAAACUUCAGUUCGCUCUUGAAGACCGCGGAAAACUAUAACAGCAUAUGGACCUUGUUCGACGGCUGGGCAAAGGAACAACUGCAAAGAAAGGCCGAUGUUCUGCAGUCAAGGGGAAAGCCGGAUAAGCCGAGCAAAGCGCAGAAAAAGACGGAUUUUGGGCCGCUUCUCUCAGUGGACGAAGAGACGGGCCUGCCCAUUAUGCUUAGUGAAGCGGAGUUGGACUCGCUUGUUGCUGGCAUGGUUCAGAAAUGGAUAGCAAUUGUCAGAGAGUUCCUUACUCACCAUUACUUGGCGGCGAGCAACGGCAAAGUCCCGCGUAUACCUUGGAAGGCCCACGCUUCCCCUGCGUCCUGUCUCGAUGCAAGCAUGUGGUUGAACGACAUGGCAUUUCAAGACCCAUCUCACUUGAAGAAGGAACAGCUCAUCCGCCUAUGCAAGCACUGGAGAGAAGGCCAGGAUGGGCCGGACGGCGUGAAAGCGUUCAAAUUCAGGAGCUACGUCAACGGCGACGGAGAUGACGCAUGCGAGGAAUACGAGGCUUAUUUCGAGCGUUGGCAAGAGGAGGCGCCUGUGAGAGACGGUAGUAUCGUCAACUCGCAAGAGGGGAACGGGCUACCUGGCAGCCUCGAGCGUUGGUGA